AUGAAGCCUCAUACAUGUACUACACUAUCUCUUCUCAUAUCCUUAGUAGCAGCCAUUUGGCCUGUACCUAUCUCCCACGAAUAUGGCGAUGCUGUUCUUUUCAUUAGAGAAGAUGUACCAUUCUACUGGUAUGAACCUGGCGCAAGAAAUGUAGGCUCAAUCAUGGAUCAGAUCCCUCUUCUCUUCGGGUUCAAUUCUAAUCAAGUUCCAUACGCACAGGACAGCAGCAACCUGAAAUUGCGCACGCAAUACACAGGACCGGUGCCUAGCGACAGAUCCGAAACAGCUACCCAGGAAGGCAUCACCAGCGACGACAUUGUUGUUUACGCCAUCAAUUCUACAUGGGCAACACUCUUCCAAACCAACUUUUACCCAUGGAAGUUUCACCCUAGAGACUGGGAUGAGCCGUCUCCAAGCCAGUCGAAUACGUCAUACAUCUCUCGCAUCGACGUCAAAGUGCUCAAAACCGCCGGCCCUAAUGUUACCAAGCCACUUGCUGGGGAGGUUGACGAAUCCUAUAGUCUAACCUUGACAAAAGAGGGGGUUGCAAGCAUCAGCGCAAACACCAGCGUAGGGAUAGCAAGAGGCUUGACAACAUUCUCUCAACUCUUCUAUGCGCACUCCGAUCAGCAGCAUGUAUACACCCCCUUGGCACCCGUGCAAAUCACCGACGGUCCAAAAUUCCAACACCGCGGCAUCAACCUCGAUGUGUCACGUAACUACUUCUCCACGGCGGACAUCAAACGCCAGAUCGACGCUGCCGCCUACAACAAGAUGAACCGCUUCCACCUUCACGUGACAGACAGCCAGUCCUGGCCCUUGGAGAUCCCCUCUAUGCCCGAGCUAUCCGCCAAGGGAGCAUACCGACCCGAUCUAGUCUACACAGCCGACGACUUCGCAAUGAUACAACGCUACGCUGCGAUCCAAGGCGUGGAAAUGAUCACCGAAAUCGACAUGCCAGGCCACACCUCAAGCAUCCACUACAGUAUGCCAGAGCUAAUAGCUGCGUUCGGCAUCCAGCCAGACUGGAACACAUACGCCGCCUCUCCACCCUCUGGAACAUUGAAACUGAACUCGCCCGCUGUCUACGAUUUCCUGGAGAAGCUUUUCGAUGAUGUACUACCUAGAGUGUCUCCGUACUCGACGUACUUCCACACCGGUGGCGACGAAGUAAAUAAAAACGCGUAUUUGUUUGAUGACACGGUCAAGAGCAAUGAUUCGGCGAUCCUGCAACCGCUCAUGCAGAAGUUUGUCGAUCGGAACCAUGACCAGGUACGCGCCAUGGGACUUACACCUGUGGUGUGGGAAGAGAUGCUGCUGGAAUGGAACCUAACGCUCGGUUCCGAUGUACUCGUGCAAUCGUGGCAGAGCGACGAAGCAGUUGCACAGAUUGUGUCAAAGGGACAUAAAGCCAUAGUUGGGAACUACAACUACUGGUACCUCGACUGCGGUAAAGGCCAAUGGCUAAACUUCGACCCCUCCGUUAGCGCGCAAUACUACCCCUACCAAGACUACUGCGCCCCCUUCCACAACUGGCGUCUCAUCUACUCGUACGACCCGUUACACGGUGUCCCUGCCGAGAACCAGCAUCUUGUUAUCGGCGGCGAAGCGCACAUGUGGGCCGAACAGACCGAUCCCGUUAAUGUCGAUAGGAUGAUUUGGCCGCGUGCUGCUGCUGCGGCGGAGGUGUUGUGGUCGGGUGCCAAGGACGAGAUGGGUCAGAACAGGAGUCAAAUUGAUGCGGCGCCUCGGUUGAGUGAGAUGAGAGAAAGGUUGGUGGCCAAGGGGAUUGGGGCGGAGCCGAUUCAGAUGCCGUAUUGUACUAUGGAGGGGAAUGUAUGUUCAUUGGGUAAUCUUGGUUAA